AUGUCGCUCGCAUACUCGCCCAUCCCAACACCAUCUCUCUCAUCAACGUCUUCUCGCUCAACAUCUCCGUCAAGUCCAAUUGAACGUGUCAAGGAAAGCCUGGACAUUUUUGAAAGAUUACUAGCUCAGAAAGCACCGCCAAUGAGCGUCCGUGAAUCGUUUUAUGCCUUUGUUUCGGAUUAUGACGAAUGUAAGCUUGACGACGACAGCAUCUGGAAUAUCACAAACGUAAAGGAUAAAGAAGAGUACAAACUGAGACAAGAUUUGAAAUUCCGUCGGUGGAUUGUGACCAAAUUGUUCAAACCAGAAUUUCUGUACCAAGAAGAGGUGACGGAAAAAGAAGACGACGACGGGGACGAAAUCGAAGAGAAAAUAGACGCAUAUCUACAGACGUUUCUUUGUGACGCCUAUUUUGAAGAGAUUACGGCAAACGAGUGGAUUGAUGAAGAGACGGAAUGGGGGCCGAACAAAUAUAGUAAGGAUGAGAUCUACCAGCCAGAAUGUGUUGAUGACGGUAUUGGUUAUGAUAAUUAUGAUGACGACUGCGAUUCAGUGUUGUCAUACAGUUUUAUCGAUGACCUUCUUCCCUUGUACUGCAACGUUAUGUGGGAUCAACAAAAUAACGUUGAACCGCCUACAAAUAUCGUUACUUCCGAUGGCGAAUAUAUUCCAUUAUGCAAUAAUCCAUAUGCUUUUAUUGAUAUCUUUGAACCUUGUCCCGAAAGAGAUGCAAACAAAGAAGCUUAUUACGCUUUAUUACAAUUGCAUUAA